AAUGCAAGAAAUCCCUCAGCUCCGGAUCCAGUUACCAUGGAAAUCUCGCCAGGAGAUGGUGAGAUAGAUCCUCAUGAGAGGCGCGAGUUUAUUCAGCACCUUGGACAGCAGCGGUGUGUCGGCCCUCCUUUCUGUCAGACUCGAUAUUAUAUGCUUAUUGUCAUCGGAGAAAUUUCAAUAGAUUAUCAUCUUGAUUUAGUAAAAGAACACAUUAAACAAGGAAUUCUGUCAUGGGAGACUGAUUCGUCCGUCUGUGACUUGAACAAGGAACUGAAGCUCUUCGAAACAAAACACUCUGCCCACUUUUCUUCAGAAGUGAAAGGACAAAGACUUUUGCAGUACAAGAGUGAUGUUCUUGAGACUGUCGUAUUAGUGAAUCCAUCUGAGGAGAAUAUUAAUAUAGAGAUCAGAUCACUGCUCUGUGACUCAGCAGGACAUAAGUUGUUGGUCAUAAGUGGACAGAGUACUAAUCAGGGUGGAGACGUGAUCUUGCAAAGUGGAGUGUUUGGCUGGAAACAAUUCUCUGACAUUAUCUCAAGUCGUAGGAUUAAAGAUCUCUUGAACCAGCCAUCUGAAACUCAGAAAGCCUGUUUGACUGUGUCCUGUAAAGAAGAGGGAGGCUGGAGCUCCCUAGGGUGUGAACAGGAGCAGAGCCUACUGGUGUAUAGAGUGAACCCUGAGCCUGUGCUGGCUGAGAUGGAAGGUGUGACCGAGUUCACAGAAUAUGUCUCUGAGACAGUGGACGUUGUCUCUCCUCUUGAGCUUCUGGAACCACCGACCUCAGGAGGGUUCCUCAAGUUGUCCAAGCCAUGCUGCUACAUCUUUCCUGGAGGACGGGGAGACUCUGCUUUGUUUGCAGUUAAUGGGUUCAAUAUUUUGAUUGACGGUGGAUCGGACAGAAAAUCAUGCUUUUGGAAGCUAGUCAGACAUUUGGAUAGGAUUGAUUCUGUUCUCCUUACUCAUAUAGGAGCAGAUAAUCUUGCUGGCAUCAACGGACUGUUACAGAGAAAAAUUGCGGAGCAGGAAGAAGAGAAGACCCAUGGUUCAACUGCCUUUGGAGACUGGAUGAAAAACCUGAUCUCACCAGAACUUGGCGUUGUGUUCUUUAAUGUUCCCGAGAAGCUAAAGAUGCCUGAAACCACACUAAAAGCAAAAAGGAGCAUUGAGGAGGCCUCUCUCACAUUGCAAUACCUUCAGAAACUGGGCAUCAAACCUGAACCUUUAUAUAGAGUUGUGAGCAACACAAUUGAGCCUUUAACACUUUUUCACAAGUUGGGUGUGGGCAAACUAGACAUGUAUGUUCUAAAUCCUCUAAAGGACAGUAAAGAAAUGCAAUUCUUCAUGCAAAAGUGGGCUGGUAACAGUAAAGCAAAAACUGGGAUUGUUCUGGCCAAUGGCAAAGAAGGUGAGAUUUCUGUUCCUUACCUCACAUCGGUAACGGCUCUGGUUGUGUGGGUACCUGCCAGUCCAUCUGAAAAAAUUGUCAGGGUCUUAUUUCCGGGAAAUGCCCCACAAAACAAGAUAUUUGAGGGUCUGGAAAAGCUGAGGCAUCUCGAUUUCUUGCGAUAUCCAGUAGCCACUCAGAAGGACAUGUCAUCUGGAGCUCCACCUCCACUGAUCAAACAAAGUAAGAUGAGGCUGAGUACAAGUAGUAAAGAAAGUCUUAAAUCCUCCCCUAAAAUGUCGCCCACAACAAAAGCAAGCAAGAAGGAGGCAAAUGAAGACAUUGAGUCAAAGAGCGACUCAGUGAAGGAGAGCAAAGUUGAAAAGAAAGAGAAGAAAAUUAAAGAGAAUGUUAAAGCUCCAAAAACACUGAAACCCAAGACAUUGUCUCCUGAUUCAGUUAACCAAGAAAAAAAGAAACUGCAGAAGGAAAAAUCUCCUAAAAAAAAUAUCAAGGAGAAGGUUGCCAAAGAGGAGAAGAAAGAUCAAGAAAAGAAAGAUCCAAAGAAAGAAAAGAUAGAUGUCAAAAAAGAGAACUUGGUUAAAAAAGAACCCAAAAUUAAAGAGGAGAAGAAAAAAGAAAAACCUAAGACAGAACUGAGAAAAAUUACUAAACCUGACUUAAAGCCUUUCACCCCUGAGGUCAGAAAGACUCUGAACAAAGCUAAGGUUCAAGUAAAGCCUAAAGUAGAAAAAACUAAAGCUGUGAAAGAGCAAGAAAACAGGCCGGCUGCCAAGCAAGCUUCACUAGAGAAACAAGGGAGUGAAAGGUCCUUAGUCUCCUCCCCAGAGGAUCUUACCAAGGAUUUUGAAGCCUUGCGACUGGAAGAGGAGCUUUCCAAGCCCACAGAGAGCAAAAUUUUUUCAACUCUUCAGUCUUCAGUUGACGCUGUUGUCCCUCACAUUGAAUCUCCUGACGAGGGAUUAACCACAACGGAUGUUGAGACAGAAUUGCCUCAUGAAGAGAGGGUAUCGUAUGGAGAAACAACAGGUGAACCCCCCUCUAAAACUGUUGAUAGAUUUGAGGAAGAAGGUGCUGCUACAGAAGAUGAUAUAGAAGAUGAAUUUACCACAAAACUGAAAAGUGCUAAAACAGACUCUACGGAGAGUGUAGAUGACAAAAGCUGGCAAGAAAAAGCAAAAGAUGAAGAAAAGGAAUUUAAAAUCACACCCAAAAAGAGUGACAGUGAGGAGGAUGAGGAUGUGAUUGAGAAAGCAGAGCUAGAGGACGCAGAGGGUAUAGUACAUGAAGAGGAGCUCAAGUACAAAUCAGAUGAGGCCAAGAAAGAAAAACUGGGGAAGGACUGGGAGACAACACAGACUGACAUGAAAUCUGCCAAAUCCGUAGGUGCUGCAGAGCACAUUUCUUUCAUCCAAGAUGAGACCAUUCCAGGUUACUCUGAGACCGAGCAGACCAUAUCUGAUGAGGAGAUUAUUGAGGAGCCAGAAGACAGAAUUCCACAUCUUCAAUAUGACGUCAGCUCUUGUGACAUCUCUGUUCCUGAUGAACCAGGAACUUUUGAAACCAUUCAUGGUAUGAAACCACCAACCAUAUCUGUUGCUUCUGAGUUAUCAUCAAAAGGAUUUGCAGUAGACCAAGAGCCAGUUUUGUCUGCUUAUGCAACCAAUAUAGUGGCAGCUCCGUUGGCUGAAGAAGAACAUAUAUCAUCAGCCACAUCAAUCACUGAAUAUGACAAGCUAUCAUCUUUUGCAACAUCUGUUACUGAAGAUCAGUCUAUAGCAUCUGUCACAGCACCACCUACUGAAGAAGCAGGAAAAAGCUCUUUAUUUUUGGACACUGUAAAUAGCAUACCAUCAUCCAGACAGACAGAUGCCACCCAAGGAAAAGAGUACCUUCACUCAGCUGGAACUAUUUCUCCAACCUCUUCAUUAGAGGAGGACAAAUGUUUUAAAUCUCCACCUUCAGAGGAAUGUCUACCCAUUGUGCCAGAAAUGGAAACUACUGGGAAGACAGCAACUCACACAAAUUAUGAGGAUGAAGAUGAUGAGGAAGAGGAUGAGGAUCAGACACCGAAUGUUGACAUGCCACUUGGAAAGCUCCAUGAGGGUUAUGCAUGUGCUGCCAUGCUCCAAGAAAAGGAGAAUGUUCCUGAAAAAGCUCCAGCAUCAGUGGCGCCUCUUUCUUCCCCUGUGAUGUAUUCUGGUACACAAGACAAAGAUGAAAAGGUCUCACUGUCUAAAGAUGAGCCUAAAUUAGGUGCAUCCGACCAAAGUUUGUCCUUCGCACCACAUUUGCCUUACACCCCAGAGAAAAGUGUUGUUUCAGAGAGUGAAGAAAGAUGUCUCAGCCCAGAUGACAGCACUAUGAAAUUAGCCUCACCCACACAAUCAGGACCUACCAGCAGUAGCUACUCUCCAACUGAGGAAAGGACACAAAAGCCAUUAAGUGUGGACAUAGUAGACAAACCUGACAAAGAAUCUGCAGAAUUUCAGAAGUAUUUGACUCAUGAUGCUCCUGCUGACAACAAACCUGUAAUAAUAAUUGACGAAGAGGUAGAUCCUUUCAAAAAGGGAUUCCUUAGCACAAAGGAACAAAUAUAUGACUCAGAUGAAGAAGAGGAAAAGUAUAAAGUGUGUAGUAAAACCAAAUACAAAGAGGAGAGAGAGAGCACUUUUCUUGAUGAAGAACCCACCUGUACAGCAGUGGAUAUGGAAAAUAAUGCACAAUUUUCAACCUACUUGGGUGAAGAGCACAAAACCCAGAUGCUAAGCUCAGGAGAGGAAGAUGAAAGUGAAACCGAGGAUGGUACUUACUCAAGUGUAAAAGCCCCUCAGAGCAUGUUAGAUUCUACUUCAGCAGACCAAGGCAAAAAAGAUGUCUCAUUCUCAGAGAUAGAUGACCCAGAAGUGAUCUCUAAAGAGAGCGAUAAAGCUGUUCACUUUAACUUGUAUUCCCUCCCUGAUUGUGACAAAGGCCUCAAAGGGGAUUCUGAAAGAGUGGUUAGGCAAGAUACACCCUAUGUUGGGAAGAGCUUUACAUACUCUGAUGUAUACGACAGUAAAUCAAGUUCAGUCGAUUCAUACUCUCCUAAUUUGCCACCAGAUAACACAUUUGAGGAUACAGAUGUUGCUGUAAAGACAACUGGGAAAGGCGAUAGCAUGGAUACGUCCACUGGGAAGAUUCCAGACAUUAAAGCAUCACAUGAAAUGGAAAUAUCAUCAGCAUUACAUAGCGAAAUGCAAGGUAUCUUUGAGCCACCAAUGUUUAAGGACAUGCCUCAAGGAACGUUCUCUGAGAAUAUAAAUAAAGCUGAACAGGAGGAAACCUCUUAUUCUAUUUCAGAGGAUAGAGACCCAUUUUCAGUUAAAUUUGAAAAGCCUGAUUCAGGUGUGGUGGUAGAAGCUGGUGAACAACAAUCGGGCCAUUAUGCAAAUGACAGCUUCAUCUCUGAUUAUAAAAGUACCAGUUCUGCAGUUGGCCAAUCUGCAGUUUGCACAAAAAAAUCAAUAGCUGAAGACUUGAAGAUGCUUGCUGAUGGAGAAGACGAAGAUGAGGAUGAAGAGGAUGAAGAUGAGGAGGAAGACGACGAGGAUGAGGAUGAUGUUUAUGAGUAUGGCGAGCAUGUAAGUGAUAAUGACACUGAGAAAGGAGCCAAAGACAGACCAGAGAAAGAUCCCAAGAGCCCACUGAGUAGUAUCACCUGCACUGUACCUACUCAAUUCCAGGAUGAAAAGACAGACUUUAUUACACAUGACUAUAGCUUUGGCUCUGGCACUUAUGGUAAGCAUCUAGAUUCAUCAACAUUUGAAUCCACUUUAAGCCAUGAGGGUCCCAAGGAUUCUCUGCACGCUGCUACAGGUGACACUUCAUCUUUGCCUACAGAAAGUCAUGUUGUGGGCUCUGCUACAUUUUCACAUUCCUCCAGUGAGAAGAAAGAUGGCUUUGUUGGAGAAGACGUUCAGUCAUAUUUGCCCUUGUCAGAGAAGCCUGUAGAUGAUAAAUAUCACUAUGAAAGCAAAGAGGUUCAGUUUGACAGGCAAAAGACACCAGAUGCACUAGAGAAGAAAACAGAUGACUCUGUUGUAUUGGGUUUAAGUUAUACUACUAUGUCAGCAACAGCAUACUCCUCUUCUUCUUCCUACAGUCAUUCGUCUUCAGCCUCAGCAUCUCUUUCUACCAGUCGCCAGUUUGGAGAUGAGUUAGAGACUGCAGCCAGUACUGGCUUUGAGUAUUCCUCUUUCAAAGAUGAACAUUCACCAGGAAUGGAAUCACCGUUCUCUAGUUCUGGUGGGCAGGUUAAGGAUGAAUAUUUAGAAGUUUCAGAAAAGUUGACACCUGCCACCACAACAGCUGAAUCCACCUCUAGCCUUGCAAGGUUCUCACCAUUAUCACCAUUUGAGGAAAACAAAUCUUUCCCUCUACAAACUGGUACUUGUAUAGGUGAUAAGAAAGACUCUACAAGCACUACUUUAGAUCAAGGUCCACAGGGUCAGUGCUUUUACAAGCCAGAGUGGGAUGAUGACUCAAGAUUACAAGCUGAAUUUGGGGCAACUGGAUUGUCUUCUCUUCCUCAGGCAGCAAAGAAAGACUCCAUUCCUGAAGGUCUUUAUAGUGCUUCAUCAACAUUUCAUUAUGAGGCCCCUGAAAAGCAGUACUAUGAAGACACUGAGAGUAGUGAAGAGGAGGAUGAUUAUAUGGAUGAAACUGAACAUGACAAACUACAGUACCAAAGAUCUCCACUGACAUCCCAAGCAGAUAAGAAAGAUGCCAGCUUUUCCUUGAGUGAGAAACUGCCAUUGGACACGUCUUCUGGUAUAGGAGGAACUCCUACUUCACAUGUGCUUACCUCAUACACUUCCUCUUUCCCUGAACCUGUAAAACCAGACACAACAAAUGGGCCUGCAGAAGUCAGCAUGAGUGCACCACAGAGUUUUAGUGGAAUCAGCAAGAUGGAAAUAGGCCUCUCAAAAACAGAGAUGAAGAGCAAAGAAUUUGACAUAAAAGCAAUUAGAAGCCCCAAUGAAUGGGAAAAGCAGCAGCAACGAGAUGUAUGCCCAGGGGCCUCCCCGCCUCAUUAUCGUCAUGAAGAUGAGUAUGAAGAAGAAGAAGAAACAGAGCCAGAGCACCCGCCACGUCCUAUUUCUCUUUCAUCUACAGACCAACCUUUCCAAUCCUCCUAUUAUACAGACAACCCAAGCAGGCAUGAAGAUGAUUUUGACCAUCCUUCGGAUGUUGGCAUUCGUCCACACUCCUCCAAAGCUUCACCAGGUUAUUCCUCCAAUGAGUAUAAGCAGAGGAGAGGAGACACAUCACCAUCCUUCAUCAAUCCAAGCUUAUGUCAACUUUCAAGUGAUGAGGAGAAUGAAGAUCAGAGAAGCCAAGGAUCUGAUCAACAACAGCCUUAUGAGAAGAUAAGAUCUUAUAAACAACAAUCUCACAGUCAUCACGGUGAAGACAACAAAUUACAGCACCUCUCUGGAGCCAUGGCCGCUGGGAUUAGUGCCAGUGGGGAGGACACUCCUCCAACCUCUAUCAGUGAACCAUUACAUUCCCAGUCAGAUUCAGACGUUCCUCCAGGAACAGAAGAGUGUCCCUCAGUCACAGCAGAAGGGAACGUUGACUCAGAUGAAGAUGCAGACUACCUCCCUGUAGAUAAAUCAUCUGGAGCCUUUGGUGGAAAACAGUACUCAUCUAGGUCACCUGACAAAGAUAAUGAUCCCUUCCCAUCACCAAUGAUGGACCCUGCCCCUUACCCCCCUCGUCCUGAUGUGUGUAUGGUAGAUCCUGACGCUCUCUCAAGCCUAACAGACAAAUCAGCCAAGAAAGAACCCAAAACAAAGGGUCUACGUAAAUUAGGUAAAACAAAGUCCUCAUCUCCUGCUAGGAGGUCCAAGGACCCCUCUUCCUCACUGAAGAAGAAGGACAUGGAGGACGAUCUGUCAAGGUCAAGCCACAACACGGGCAAAGGCCUUGUCAAUGGUCUAAAGAACAGUGCAGUUUCAGCUAAAUCAAGUGCCGCUGUCCCACCAGGCCCUCCUAUCUAUGUGGAUCUGGCCUACAUUCCUAACCACUGCAGUGCUAAAAAUGUAGAUCAGGAAUUCUUCAAGCGUAUUCGUUCUGCAUAUUAUGUCGUGAGUGGAAAUGACUCCAGCAGCGGAGAGCCAAGCCGUAGUGUACUAGAUGCCUUGCUUGAAGGAAAGGCACAAUGGGGAACCAAUCUACAGGUAACGUUAAUACCUACUCAUGACACAGAAGUGACCCGUGAGUGGUACCAACAGACCCAUGAGAAACAACAGGAGCUAAACAUCAUGGUCCUGGCCAGCAGCAGCACAGUAGUGAUGCAGGACGAGUCAUUCCCAGCCUGCAAAAUAGAGUUCUAAAUUCAACACGGCUCCCAGGUUCACAUCUUUACUCUCAAAAGGUCCAUUAUAGCCUUAAUAGGGUUUUUUUGUUGUUGAGAUUUUUAACCCUUUGAUGUUCAAACCCAAUUAAAUGGUAUAAGCACUGAUUAUCGUUUCAUAGUUUAGAAAAAGAGAACAGAAGGAAGAUGUGCCUUUUUCUGUAUACUUUUCAGGGUGGCUUUUCCCU